AUGUCUGAAGUCUCAUUCAUUCUGCGCACACUCGAGCUUUUCGAUCUUGGUGCAUAUUCACCGCAGCAGAGUCUCGGGCCGGUGACAGAAGUAUUCAACUUACCAUUACCUCCUGAUACCAUGGUCCGACAGCCGUCAAUCAUUCGAGUAGACCGCCAGUCUACAAGCGCGCUGCCGGAAAAGGCGACUACACUUCGAGUAGUUGGCUCAGUAUUUGCACGCGAUCAUCCUUUCCUGGAUUUUCUGCACCCUCAACACUUUCGAGACAUGGUUGAGAUCAUAUACGAGGAGCGGGGUACAAGAGACGAGGCCUACGUUCGCUUUCUUCCUCUCCUCCACCAUGUUCUAGCCCUCGGAUAUCUGUUCUGUCGCAAAGAGCACGAAACUCGCGGCUGUUCGCAAGCCAUCGACACUGCGAUGAAGCACUUUGCUCACAGCCAACAACUCCUGAACGUCAUCAGAUGUGAUGAUCUCCUAUCUAUGCAGACUCUUCUAUGUGGAGCAGUUUUUCUCAUGUCUACCUCUCGAAUCGCGACCGGACAUGCACUUAUUGGACUCGCAGCUUCGUCGGCUAUGCGUCUAGGACUCCCUUGCGAAGCCAAUAACACCGCACCCAUGCUGCAAGACGAGCGGCAGAUGAGGGAUUUGGUUUUCGCCAGCCUUCUGAGAAUGGACAUGUAUACAAGUCUCAUCCUGGAUCUGCCGCGCUUCAUUCAAGACGACCUGGUUGAUUUGAGUCUUAACAGCCUCUACGCAAGGUUAUCAGAAGAAGAGAAGAUCGAAUUCCGCACAGAAGCUUCCAUAAAGCACCUCGAACUCCUCCGCCUCACCUGCAACGCUCGACGUGCAGUCUAUGUGAACCCAAUGACAGGUGAGCGCAUCGAGACGAUCGACCUGAACCAGUUGAGCAGCGUUGAAGGUGAGCUUCAUCGCUGGACAGAAGAAGUCUCCGUACUAUUUUCACGAGUACCCAAGAGCGUGGACUUGGCCAUGCAAAAACACUUCUUGGAAACUGCAUCGAAUUUCUCCCAGCUGAUUCUCUACCGGCCGUUCUUGCAUUAUCUUCGGCACAUGGCUGACAACAAGGCUCCUAUACCUCGCUCGCAAUCUCGUCACGCCCUUGCCUGUGUAAAGCUUGCAUCCAAUACCAUUCUGCGUACACAGCUCGUCCUCGGCACUGAUACGCCUGUCCCACUAUCCUGGGACACUAUCUACACGCUGUUCCUCGCCGUUAUGUGCUUGGUUUUCCUAAUUUCGGCGCACAAUGGCACCUCACUUCCGAGUGAGGCUUGGAAACGCGCAAGCAUCGGAAUUGGUAUCCUUUACGCGAACGCCUGCGUGGACAAUGGCGCGAGCAUGUGCUUAAGGGUCUUACGGACCGUGGUUCAGCAGCUAAACCACACAGUCGACUUUGAUUUUGAAGAGAUCGAACAGAGGACGCGGAAGGUGUGUGCUGGAGAAAGAACGGCUGAUAUGCUGAGGAAAGUAGCUACAGAGAGGCCGCCCCCCGGUCCAGCGAAGGUAUCGAAGCCGUUCUCCACAUCGACGUCCACCUCAACAGGUCGGUUCGCAGAUGCGGAUGGAAUGCUUGCACACGCCGAGGAUCUGCCGCUGGGAUUUGGUUUCACGGAGGUUUUGAACAUGGAUAGCGAGGAAGACGAGCACACCACGUACACCUCGGACCACCGAUGA